AUGUCGACCGUUUCAACAGAAAACCCGGCUUCUCCCAACGCCAUUCCAAUUCGCUACAGCUCCGCCGGUGUCUCCAAUGGCCUUCAUCAACAGACUUCAAAAUCCGUCCUCAGACCUCUACCAGAGGAUUCCUGGAUUUCGUCCAAGCACCAUUCGAUGCCUCCAGUGCUGAGUCCAGCCCCCGUCCUCUCCGACCAUACCAACAGCCUCAAACGCAGACAUUCAAAGAAGCGAUCUGCUCCAGAGAAUUUGUUAUCUAAAAAACCCGGAGAAUGGUCGCCGCAGAAGGAGAAGAUAAUUUUGGGCCCUUAUGACUACCUGUUCUCCCACCCUGGAAAGGAUAUCCGCUCAGCCUUGAUCAAGGCGUUCGAUGCCUUUCUACAUGUCCCGUCAAAUUCUCUGGAUAUUAUUACAAAGGUGGUGGGGAUGUUACAUACAUCCUCGCUGCUCAUCGACGACGUGCAGGACAGCAGCAUGUUGCGAAGAGGUAUCCCGGUGGCACAUAAUAUCUUCGGGACAGCGCAGACGAUUAAUAGCGCAAAUUAUGUCUACUUCCUUGCCCUGCAAGAGCUUCUGCACCUAGACAACAGAGAUGAGGCGAUGGAAAUUUUCACCACCGAACUGCUCAACCUUCAUCGAGGCCAAGGAAUGGAUUUGUAUUGGCGCGACACCCUGACCUGCCCGACGGAGGACGACUAUCUGGAAAUGGUGCAGAACAAGACUGGGGGCUUGUUUCGUCUAGCCGUCAAGCUCAUGCAGGCUGAGUCUCCGGAAAAGGGUCGCAUCGACUGUGUCCCACUUGUCAACCUGCUGGGCUUGGUUUUUCAGAUAUGCGACGACUACCUCAAUCUUUCUUCCAGCACCUAUACUAAGAACAAGGGCCUAUGCGAAGACCUCACGGAAGGCAAAUUCUCCUUCCCUAUCAUCCACUCGAUCAGGAGCAACCCCUCCAACCUGCAACUCAUCAAUAUCCUGAAACAGAAAACCACCGACGAGCAAGUCAAGCGAUAUGCGGUGAAGUAUAUGGAGGGCACAGGCAGCUUUGAGUAUACCAAGAGGGUCGUGCGCGAAUUGAGACAGAAGGCUGUAAAUCUGGUAACGGAAAUGGAUGGCGGUUCUGGAAAGGGGGAUGAGGUGAAGUUGAUUCUGGAUAAGAUUGCGGAAGCAGCACUCAAUGAUUCGGGGCAAAGUUCAUGA